AUGGCUCUUGUUCUGAUUGAAAUAGCCCCUCAAAACAAUAAUUAUAUGAGAAAACAGGAAAUUCUUGUGUGUUUUACCUUACCAUACAAUAUUGUGUUAAUUUUCAGAUAUAUACGCCUAUAUGGAUUGAAGUUUUCAAAAGAGGAUCAUGUAAAUUUUAUCCAUUUACUGUAUGAGCUGACAGUCAUUCCUGACCUGGAGAUGUCUCUGGUCUCAAAGUUUGCUCAACAACUCUCCGGUCUUCUCAAAAAGAAGAAGUUGUUGUUUAGAGAUGACCUGACUCUUCAAUGGAAACCACUUUAUAAAUUGUUAGAGUCUGUUCUGUACUCACAAUAUGAGCAGCAUGGCCUUCAGCUGUUUCCAGGAAAUAUUGAGUCUGUUUUGAAGAAUCUUGUGCGAGACUGUAGAACGUAUUUCCCUGCUGAGAGUACCCAGGAAAUGUUAGAUGAGUGGCGCCCUCUACUCUGUCCAUUUGAUGUCACGGUGAUAAAAGCACUACAGUACUUAGACUUGUUUUUACCCACAAAUCUCAUGGAGCAUGAGAUGGAUAAAGGAUUUAGACUAUGGUUCAAGGAAUUGAUGGAUAUGUGGGACUCUUUUCAAAAUAACCCAUCAUGGGAGAAGUGCCUUAUCAACCUAAUGUCACGUCUUGCUAAUUCAAACAUAGGAUAUAUAGACUGGAGUCCAUAUAUACCAAAGGUGUUCACGCGGCUUUUGCGAAGUUUUGACCUACCCGUCGGAACACAAAAUGUUCAGGUCAGCCGUAAUCACAACAGGGUGGAGAUAGAGCCUUGCGUCAUAUGGAUAGUAUCUAGUAUGGGAGGAGAGGGAAAUAAAGUACAAGAUCACAUAGAUAUGUUAUUCAAAACCUUACAGAAUUUCUACCAUCCAUCUAACCUAGGAAAAUGGAAUAUUAAGUUAAGUGGUCUGUUGAUGACAUUUCCAAAAGUCUUUAUACGAAGAAUAAAUAGAGAAAGGUACAGGAAACCAACCUGGAUGAAGGAGAUACCAGCUUCUCAUAAAUUGUCAGAUGCUGCGAUAACAAAGUUUGUUGAGAGCAUGAAGAGUACAGUAUUUACGUGUAUGUUUAGCAAGUACGGUAGUCAGGACUCGGCUGUUGCUCUCCGCCAUUUGUCUACUUUGAGACCCGAACUUAUAGUUCCUACGCUACUAGAAUUUAUGUAUCCUGCCAUGGAGACACUAAUAGAGCCACAUAGACUUAUAGCAUGUAUGAACUGUGUUGUGUCGGUAGUGAGAGCGAUGCUGAGUGCUGGAAAAUGGUACCCUGAGGGUCGGUCACAUCUAAUCCCAUUGCUCAGUCUGUCACUUCCUGGUAUAGAUCCAAAUGACUUUAAGAAAUGCUUGGUAACAUUCCAGAUGAUAUCCACAUUUGUGUCUCUAGUACCUAUAGUAGAUUGUUCAGAUGCUGUACAUAGCAGAACUGACCUUACUGAGGAGGAACGUGAGCUGUGCUCAGCAACAGCCCAGUUUGAAGACUUUGUUCUACAGUUCGUAGAUAGGAUAUUUGCACUGAUAGAGAAUAGUGCCCAGGAACAUGUUCAUGGUAACCAGGACAAGUUAAACCCAGAACAGAUGAUAGUAGAGAAAGCCCUAGCUUCCACAUUUACCUCAGUGUUACAACAAUCUUCUACACCAAUCUUCAUGUCGGCAUUACGUAGGUUACACAACUUUAUAACAGGUUCUGUGUAUGAGAGUAGAGUUGGAGGAAGAUAUGCUGGUAACCUUAUCAGAGCUGCUCAGCAGGUAAAUCCAAAGGAAACUUUGAAGAUGUUCAUGGACAAUAUAUGUGACAGUCUCCUAGUGCAAUUAAAAUCACAUGAGGAGGUUCUACAAGCAGAGAGACUUGAUGAUGGAUUCUUGUGGAAUCUUUUGAUGUUUUCACAGUUGCUAAGAUGUAACGGGUCCUAUUUAUUACCAUAUAAGACUAAGAUAGUUGAUGUGUUCACAUAUAUACUGAGACUACAGUGUGUACAGGGAUAUGAGAUAGCGGGCAAGUCACUGAUGUAUUUACUACGCGGUCUUACUCUAGUCUUUCCAGUAAAUUAUGCUAGUGUUAGUGGAUCUCUUGAUAGACCUGUCACAGAAUAUCUUGCCAUAAGGGAAUGGGCAAAGCCAGGAGAUAUAGACAACCUUGGUCUAGAAUGGCAUGAACCGUGUCAGGAAGAAACGGAUUUUGUACAAGAAUUGCUAGAGAAAUUCUUAGUACCUGAACUAAACACUCUUAAACAAAUAUCAGCUGAGAAUGCCAUACCGAGGGAGGAUUUAUUAAGACGUCUCAACAUUAUAAUGGAAUGUUUGAAUGGAGCAGGAGGUGUGUUACCUAUGUGGCAAGGAGAUCACAUCUCUAUGAUUGAGAGUCAGGUUCCUCUUAAAAGAUUUGGUUGUGCAAAAUCUUGCGGAAGUAACAGAGAGGUAACAGUAUCAGGUGGACAGAAUGUAAGGGUGGUUGUUAUCGAGGCUAUCAGAAAAUUGCUCAGAUAUAUGCUGUCAUGUGCAGAGGAUGAUACAAAAAGUUUUCACAGACUUUUAAGGAUAUAUGAAUCAGUGCUGUUUUUCCAUGGUAUACCAGAAGGGGAGUUUGAUGCUAGAUGGAAAAGUUUCCAUGCCGUCAAGAAAGCUCUAGAAGAUAAGCUAAGAGGUGGUAAGAAUCAUCUGCGAGCCAUUCUAGUAGACAGGGUUCUCUUACAACAUCAGAUGAGAUGUCUACAGAAGACAGACAGGUCUUUUACAGCCAGACAUCAGGAAUUGCUUCAAGAUCUAUAUACAUUGUCUAUUAGUAGAUACAGUGAGGUUAGAAAAAAAGCUCAGUCUGUGCUGUUUCAGCAUUUCCAUAACUAUCCAUAUUCCUACAGAACUCUAGUAGAUCCUUUAGUUAGCAAAGUGCUCAGCCCUGAUACCCCGGAACAUGAAUUUCAGGGAGCCUUGUAUGUGGUACUUGGUAACAAUAAGCGUAACAUAGCAACCAAGCGUAGCUGGGAGAUAAUCAGUAAAGUGUGGCCAGCUAUAACCCAGGCUCAGCAUUCAGAGAAACCUUCCAUACUCAACCUGAUUGAUCAAAUUGUUAGCAAAACUGUCAAAAAUGCAGAAACCACAGAAAUAAAAAUCUUGGUCAGGCAACAUUUUAUAUCUUCUAGGGGAAGUUUAGCAGCAGCUGGUAAAUUGUUCGAGUCUCAGCACCCACCACCAUCUCAGGGUACUUGUUCUAGUAUAGAAUUACAGGCUGCAAUACAACACGAGUCUAGCACCAAUGAUAACUGUCAAAAAAUGUAUGUUGACUUAGUAACCAAACUCACUGGCUUAGUCACUGGAGGAAACUUGAGAUGGAAGUUUUGUCAGAUAGGUAUGGAGUUUAUGACAUUACUAAUCAGACAUGAUACACCAUUACCUACAUGUGCUGUAGAAUUGUUUGUCCAGAAAUGUGUUGAUGAUUCCAUAUAUCUGAGAAAGAUAAGCACCUCUGCCCUAUUAGGUAUUCAAAAGCAACAUAAAAGACCCCACAAGAAGAUAAAGAUUGACCCUACAAAACAAGGAGUUGAUACAGGUGUUACAGCCCCUGGCCACACUCUGUCUCCUGGAGAUAGACCUGAUAAUAGAUGGCAUAAAUAUAACUCACAGAAUUUACCUGACACUCAGGACAAGUGGGAAAAACUUGUGGUUAUAGAGAAGACACACUGGGGAUAUUAUACCUGGCCUAAAGAAAUGGAAACAUAUGCUCCACAUAGUGAGCAGCCAAAGUUAAAUAGAAGCACAGAUGAGCUGACAGAGGGGGAGAAAGUUGUGUAUAAUGCCUUCAGCAACAAAGAGUAUGUACAGAAACUUGUAGACUUCCUUGCACUGGAGGAAAACAAGAACAAAGACAAAUUUAGUCAGAAGAAAAUGACAUUGUUUAAGGUAUAUUUCAUUGGUACAUUUUCUCUAAGUUCAAGCUACAUUUUAAGAUGUAUAAUGCCUUCAGCAACAAAGAGUACAUUUCAUUGGUACAUUUUCUCUAAGUUCAAGCUACAUUUUAAGAUGUAUAAUGCCUUCAGCAACAAAGAGUAUGUACAGAAACUUGUAGACUUCCUUGCACUGGAGGAAAACAAGAACAAAGACAAAUUUAGUCAGAAGAAAAUGACAUUGUUUAAGGGAUUGUUCCGUAACUAUGGUGACUGUUUGUUAGAGAAUUUUAAAGCACAUGUAGAGAGAUUAGUGAGUGAUACCAGUCAUGAUAAACACGACUCCAGUCAACGAUGUGCCAUGGAAAUACUAGCGGGGAUAUUGAGGGGGUCAAAACACUGGCCAUAUCAACAGACUAAAGCAUUAUGGGAUUGGGCCAUACCUUUGAUGAGAACUGCAGUGAAUAAUCUAACUGUGUCAACAGUCUCUGAUUGGUCAACAUUCUUUACUAAUGUCUCUGAGAGUAGAGAUCCUAGGAAGAUAUACUGGUUGUAUGAAAUGUUGAUGGAUAAUCCAUUAAAUGGUGAAGGCGGAUCAUUUGGAGAUGCUGGACGUCUUCUGAUGAUACAGAAUGCCUUGUUACAACAAGAGUGGCGAGUUGGUGACCUUCAUCGUAGAUUAUACACUUACUUAUCUCCCCAUUUCUCAUAUACAUACAAAAAUGUGAGGGAUAGGUUGGGCAGUUUACUAUCAGAUGUGUUCAUACUAGACUAUAAGAUGUUCCCAUGGUCAAUGACUACAUCACCAGCAAGGAAGGAAUUUAUAGAUCAUGUUUUACCACAGUUACAUAAACUUAAAGACCUUAUCAUUGAGGAAGCUCAAAAUCAAAAUGGAGGAUCUGUAGAAUCUAGUAUGACUACAGAUAAACUAGAGACCAGUGUAGGGAAGAUGGACAUAGACAAUCAAAGUGAGGAAAGUGAAGAGAGGAAAGAACUAAUAAGGCUUUGUAAAACAGUGAUGAAGUGUUUGACAAGUUGUAUUAGCAGGACAUUCAACUCCGCACCUCCAGAAAUCAUUAAAUUACUGCCAGUUAUGUGUACAUUAGAGAGCGAGUCAAAGGAUGAAGAAUUGAACACAGAUUGUACAGUGGCUCUAGCAAGUCUGUCUCAGGCAUUGAUACAGCCUGAAGUUAUACCUGAUAUAUUACAUACUGUCAAAACUGUGACAGGUUUACAAUCUUGGCAUGCAAGGUCUGCCAUUCUAGGAUACAUUCAAGUGAUGGUAUUUUGUAAUUUCUUCACCUUACAAGACCCUAAACACAAAGAAAACAUCAAAGAAACUGUGAUGCAUCUAAUAUGUGAUGAUAAACUUGAGGUACGGGAAAUGGCUAGUAUAACACUAAGUGGCCUAUUACAGUGUGGGUAUCUGGAGAUGGACCAAGAUUUACUGGACCAUUUUGAGAGACUGAGCAGUACAAAGAUAAGUAAACGUAUGAAGUCAGAGAACUUACCUGUUGAGAAGCUGUUACAGCGCCACGCAGGAGUUCUGGGUUUGAGCGCUUAUGUACAGGCCUAUCCAUAUGAUGUCCCAGAAUUUAUGCCACAAAUUCUUAUGGAUCUUAGUAACCAUGUUAAUGACCCACAACCUAUACAGAUUGACAGUACAAGAAGGACCUAUGUCUAA